AUGGCGGUCGUGCUGGCCUUCAGGGUGGUCGCGGGUCUGGCGGCCGCGGCGCUGGCGGCCCUGCUUCUGGAGCACUACGGCCUGGCCGGCCCUCCGUCCCCGCUGCCCGAGCCCCGACGCCCGCGGAGGCCCCUGCCCGCGCCGGGCUCCGGAGCCGGCAACAUUUUCUGGGGUCUGCAGAUAUCCGACAUUCACCUGAGCAGGUUUCGCGAUCCCGGCAGAGCGGUCGACUUAGAGAAGUUCUGUUCAGAAACUGUUGACAUCAUUCAGCCAGCUCUCGUCUUAGCCACAGGAGACCUGACAGAUGCCAAAACAAGGGAACAAUUGGGGUCCAGACAACAUGAGGUUGAAUGGCAAACUUACCAGGGUGUUUUGAAGAAGACAAGGGUCAUGGAGAAAACCAAGUGGCUGGAUAUCAGAGGAAAUCAUGAUGUGUAUAACAUUCCAAGUCUGGAGAGUGUCAAGAAUUAUUACAGGAAAUACUCUGCUGUGCGUAGGGACGGCUCUUUCCAUUAUGUGCACAGUACUCCCUUCGGCAACUAUUCUUUCAUCUCUGUGGACGCCACCCAAAAGCCAGGGCCCAAGAGACCUUUUAAUUUCUUUGGAAUUUUAGAUGAGGAACAAAUGAAGGAACUCAUAUUACUGUCCAAGGAAAGCAGUCAGAGUAAUCAGACAAUUUGGUUUGGGCAUUUUACAACAUCUACUAUCCUGUCUCCAUCACCAGGAAUCCGAACAAUAAUGAGCUCUGCUACAGCUUAUUUGUGUGGACACCUCCAUACUCUUGGUGGACUGAUGCCUGUUUUACAUAGCCGUCACUCCAAAGGCACUUUGGAACUUGAGGUGGGAGACUGGAAAGACAACAGACGGUACCGGAUCUUUGCCUUUGAUCAUGACCUCUUUAGCUUUGCAGAUUUAAGCUUUGGCAAGUGGCCCGUGGUUCUUAUCACCAAUCCUAAACCACUCCUCUAUAGUUGUGCUAAACAUGAACCACUAGAAAGACUCUUCCACUCAACACACAUCAGAGUGUUGGCAUUUUCCUUAUCCUCCAUUACUUCUGUCAUUGUUAAGAUUGAUGGAAUUAAUUUAGGCCAAGCUACUCAUUUGUCUGGUCCUAUUUUCAUACUGAAGUGGAAUCCCAGAAACUAUAGCAAUGGGACAUAUACCAUAGAAGUAAUUGUCCAGGAUUCUGCUGGAAGAAGUAGGAGUGCUCACCACAUAUUUUCUGUUCAAGAGAAUACUCAUCUUACAUUUGACCCGUUGGCAUCAUUUAUUCUCCUUACUGACCACUACAUUGUGGCCCGGGUCCUCUUUGUGCUGAUUGUGCUGCUCCAGCUCACCAUUCUUAUUACUUUUAGGUGUCUAGCAUACCCACAGAUGAAAGAGCCUCCAGGAUUUAUAAAUAUGACUUCAUUUUCACUUCAUGUCUUGAGCAAAAUAAACAUCUUCUACUAUUCUGUGUUGUUGCUGACCUUGUAUACAGUACUGGGACCAUGGUUUUUUGGUGAAAUAAUUGAUGGCCAGUUGGGUUUCUGCUUUUCCUUUGGGAUGUUUGUUAAUGGUCAUUUCCUGCAAGGCAGUCUGACAUUUAUAGUCGGAAUUCUUCAGCUGCUGUUUUUUAAUAUCCCGUUGAUGGCAUACCUGUGUUGGAGCUUGCUGCAGCGGUGCUAUGGUCACAACUUCAGCUCUCAUCUUCACCAAGGAAAAUGUUUAAGAAUUAUACCUGUUCACCUACUUAUGCUACUGCUGUACAUCUGGCAGGUUUAUUCUUGCUAUUUUCUUCAUGUGACGUAUGGCACCCUGGCGCUUAUAUUUUCCCCUUUGCGGACCUGGUUAGCAUUGUUGACACCUGUACUUAUCCGUCGUGUCUGGACAUUGAACUCCCCAGAGCUUGGAACUUUCAUGGUGCACUUAAAAAGUCACCUGAGCUCCUGAAGACCAUGACUACCACUGGCAGAAUUCCAGCCUCCACAUCUAAAGCCCAUACCUCUGCCCCAGUAGCAGUUGGAAAGCCGGUAUUGGUGGGUGAGCUUUCCAGGAGCUGCUGAUCCGGGUUUCUGGAUGUUGGAGCGUUACUACUGAUUCCUGCAGAGUGGCCUGCAGGAAAGUCUAAUGACUUUACCUCGGCGAAGAGCCUUAAUCAGGGAGAGCCACAGGGUAAGGGCUGAGUGGUACCUCAGAGCCCCUGUGUUAUUAUGGUUUUCCUGUGUAAAGCAUCUGGUCCAUGUUUGGAACUCAGAAGCUGUCAGAGAUGCCAUUUUAGGCAGAGGGAACCUGUGUGGACUUGGGCUGUACCCUGACUACCUUUCAGCUAUUUGUUCCAAGCCCUGUUUUCCUACAGGGUUAUGGGCUUCUGGUAGUUAGUCGGGGGUGUUUUCAACUAAUCAAAUAAAUGAUGAAUGUGAAA